AUGUGGGAGAACACUUUAUACCUUUAUAUGUGCCGUGAUUAUGAAAAGGAUAAAGUCUGCAAGGAACUCAGCAAUCUGGGAAAAGAUGACUUCAGAUCUUUAUCAAUGGUCCUAUACAGCAGAAAAUUUCCUAGUGGCACAUUUGAACAGGUCAGGAAGCUUGUGGAAGAAGUUGUCUCCUUGACCGAAGACUGCUGUGCAGAAGAGGCGGAUCCUCAGUGCUAUGACAACAGGACCUCAGCAUUGUCUGUUAAGUCUUGUGAAAGUGACUCCCCAUUUCCAGUGCACCCAGGAACUGAAGAGUGUUGUACCAAAGAGGGCCUGGAACGGAAGCUCUGUAUGGCUACCCUGAAGCAUCAACCACAAGAAUUUCCUACCUAUGUAGAGCCAACAAAUGAUGAAAUCUGUGAAGCAUUCAGGAAAGAUCCAAAAGAAUUUGCUGACCAAUUUAUAUAUGAGUAUUCCAGUAAUUAUGGGCAAGCUCCUUUGCCACUUUUAGUCAAUUACGUCAAGAGUUAUCUCUCUAUGGUAGGCUCCUGCUGUACUUCCUCAAGACCAAUUGAAUGCUUUUUGAAAGAGAGAAUACAGAUUAAACAUUUAUCACUUCUAACCACUAUGUCAAAUAGACUCUGCUCACAACAUGUUGCUUAUGGAAAGGAUAAAUCAAGACUCAGCCAUCUUAUAAAAUUAGCCCAAAAAGCACCUACUGCUGAUCUGGAGGAUGUUUUGCCACUAGCUGAAGAUGUUACUAACAUUCUUUCCAAGUGCUGUGAGUCAGCUUCUGAGGACUGCAUGGCAAAGGAGUUGCCUGAACACACGGUAAAAAUCUGUGACAAUUUAUCCACCAAGAAUUCUAAAUUUGAGGACUGUUGUCAGGAAAAGACACCCAUGGACAUUUUUGUGUGCACUUACUUCAUGCCAGCUGCUCAACCACUCAAGUUGCAGGCAGUUGAAUUGCCCACAGAGAAAGAUAUGUGUAAUAAAGGGAACACCAAAGCCAAAGACCAAUAUAUAUUUGAACUAAGCAGGAGGACUCAUAUUCCAGAGGUAUUUCUCAGUAAAGCACUUGAACCAACCCUAAAAAGUCUUGAAGAAUGUUGUGACUCUGGAGACUACACUGCCUGUUUUUUAGCUAAGGGUCCUCUAUUGAAGAAAGAACUAUCUUCUUUCAUUGAAAAAGGACAAGAACUAUGUGCUGACUAUUCUGAAAACACAUUUACUGAAUACAAGAAAAAACUUGCAGAGCGACUAAGAGCAAAAUUGCCUGACACCACCCCUACUGACCUCGCAAAGCUGGUUGACAAACACUCAGACUUCGCCUCCAAAUGUUGUUACAUAAACUCACCUCCUCUUUACUGUGAUUCAGAGGUAGGGGCAUUUAACUCUCUAUUUACUAUAUUAUAUUCAAAAAACACGAUCCAAUUACUCAUUCCUUUCUUGUUAUUGAGUUAUCUAUAU